UACACUUUUUUUCUAAAAAUUUAAAAAAAAAUGGAAAAGUUGGCAGUGGGCUUGGCGGCCUUUUUCCAACUAAUGGGCUGCUUCUUUUUCUUUGCCCAGCCAAAAGAUCGUUGCUCGCCGUCUCCGGACCUGGCCAGCUGGCUCUUCCUGGGGGCCACGAUGUGCUUCCUGUGGGAUGUCUCCAUCUAUCCUCGCCGGUUCAUGCACAUGCCCCACUUUUGGCAGCUCCUCGUCGAGAUCGUAGCCGCCGUUUUUCUGGCGGAAGUGGGCACGAUAAUCAUUUGGUGCGCCCUAGAAAGGUUCCUGUUCUACCUGACGGAUGUACUGCUGAAUGCUAUAGACCCCAGCUGCGAUUCUUCGCCCUAUGAAUACUGGCUUUCGGGAAUAGUCACCAGUUUGGUGAGCGGAGCGGUGUUGUGGUACGUCCUCGAGGCCACCGACGCUAUAUACUACUUUAAGAUGUUCGUCCAAAAUCUGAGGAGGACCAUGCGGGUGUCCUGGCGGAUGCUAGGCUGCUAUAUCAAUAUGAAUCUGAGGGACAGACAACGAGCUUUGAAAGUAUGUCAAUUGGCCAGGAAACCGCCCACUCGGAAGCGAACGGCUCGCAGAUGUUGUCCAGCGGAAGGAGAAGAUGAAGAAGAGGGAUGUAACUGACCCAGGAAUCCUGUGUUUUCCUUUGCCCGUCUUGUCUAUCCAGUUAAAGUGCUUUAUAUCCCCUUUUAAGAAUAGUUCUCUGCUCCAAGGCACUCUAGAGCAAUAACUCUUUUUGGAGGCCAGGACACGAAAGAAACAGAAAUUGCAUUUCUCUAGUUUUUUGGUUUCAUGGAAAUGGCAUUUUCAAUGACAAAGUGGGUCACCAGAGUGUCGAGCUUUAGUGUUAUAGUCUAUCCAUUGUCUAAGAAACAAAUUUAUAUACCGAUGCAGUUCUAACCCAACUUUAUUAGUCAUAUUUCCUCAAAAUGACUGCUAUAAGGAAAAGAAGGUGUUUUCUAAAAGGAUUAAAAACGCAGACCUUAAAUAAUAAUAUUGUAAAUUUAGUAAUUAAAUUAGAAAUACUUUUUUCCAAAACACUAGUCUAAAUGGGAUCAUCAUCUUUCCAAAUCUGCUAAACACAAUAAAUGGAAUUUAUUAAAUUGCAA